UCAUGGACUUCAUGGGUAAACGAUUACACAGCGAAUAACCGGAAAUUUUACAAACAAAAUGAAUUAUCAAUAUCGAACAUCGUUGCAGGCCUGUUGAAAUAAAUGACAUAUACAAAAGAGGAUCGAAAACGUCUUGUAGAGAAACGUUUUAAAGUCAUAUAUCGAUAUCACAAUUUGGUUGACAUUGGCAUUGCUCGCAGUUUGAUCCCUGGAAUGCCAUGGAAAGUUAGGACAUCAAGCAAGAAACUGAAGUUGGAUCUACAAUUCUACAUUGCUCGAUACAGUUCGCGUAAAAUCUAAAAUUUCUGGUGGAGCAUUAGCAUGGCUGGAGUAGAAGGCAACCAAAUAUGUAGUCCGAUAUAUCCAAAAUCAAUUAAACCCAUUAAACGACGCGAGAAAGAAGAAGAAAUCAUCGGAUCGAAAGCACAAUUUUGCGCAGCAUUUUACCAUGUCCAUGAGUGGCACUACACCGUCCGGGGAACAACUGAGCAUCAUUGUCUGGAUGAAGAUAGUUGCAUUAUCGCUGAGAGAGCUAAGAUGUCUAAAAAGCAAAGUAAUUGGCAUGUCCAACCCAAGGACGUUGUGGCGGUUGUUAAGUUCGAGGAUAGGGAAAAAAAUACUCUGUAUGAAGCGAGGUAUACCAAUUGCAGACCACAAAAAAUGCAUGCCGAAGAUUUCUUUAAAUACGACAUAGAAGAAGGAGAUUUGAAAGAAAUAGUGAGAGAAAAUGAAGGUGGGAGGAUCACCAUGUACCUCACGUUGCAACCUUGCAACAGAUCUACCAGUCUUGAAGGAACAGAAAAUACUAGAGCGAAUCAAAGCUGUUGUGAAAAGCUUGUGAAAAUCUACAGUCGAAAUCUGCGUCGCAGGAAUAUAGAUUUGUGUGUUAAAGUAACCCACAUGUGUCGAUUGAACCUCGUACAAGAAACAGGAGAAGAUGAGAUAUUGAGACAGCGGGCUGUGGCAGGGGUGACGGCGUUGAUGCUAAUUGGGGUGGAAGUCAAGGAGAUGACCAAGGGGGAUUGGGAAUACCUUUUCAAAAUGACCGAAGCUAACGUCCCAGAAAAUAAGGAAAGCCGCCAAAAGUUGGACAAAUCUGUCCAGAAAACGCUGGCUGAAGUGGAACUGUUCACGAAAUCGUUAACGAAGUCACUUUCUUUGUUGUCUUCAGUCGUCAACAAAUUACAGGCCAAGAAUCAGUGAUCUAUAUAUGAACUGGAGCGAUAAGUCGCCAACUUCGAAGCAAAAAAAAAAGAAUUUCGAAUUUUGAAGGAAUUUCGUUUUAAACUAAUCGGUAAAUUUGUUUACAUUUUUGUGGCAAAGCCAAUCGGAAUUGCUAUAUUUUUAAUGCUUGAUGUAAAAUGGUCAAUAAUGCACCUGUUACCGGAAGUAAUUAAAAUUC